AUGACAAAAGUGGAUAUCAAGAAUUACCUUGAAAAAAUAUACAAUGUGCCGGUAGCUGCUGUGAGGACCAGGAUACAGUAUGGUGCAAACAACAAGAGGAAUCACAAGAAUCAGAGAGUGAAGAAGCCAGAUUACAAGGUCGCCUAUGUACAGCUGGGCCAAGGACAAACCUUUCAGUUUCCCAACCUAUUUCCAGACAAAGAACAAGACACAGAAACUCGCUCUUUUGAUGACUUCAAGAAUAAAUAUAUGGAGAGAGAGAAGCAGAGGCAGAAAGGUGACCCCAGACGAGGUGGAGUCCCCGAUUGGUUUGGACUUUGAUGCAACAAGCCAGCUGCCUUUCUUUAGGCUCAGAGGGAUUUUGAUCAGCAGAACUUGCACUCUUCCCUUCUUGUAAUGACUGAAUGUUUAUUCUUGAGCAGCCCUUGCUAGCGUGUCUUUUUUUCCUGGCUGUUUGUGCACAACUACAACAAAAAGGCCCUAAAGAAAUAAAAAGGUAAAAUAAAUCUGACUUGCAUCAGGU